AUGAGUAAUCGGACUCCUAAUAAUUCUGACAGUGUGAUUACUGGUUCAACGGUUGGAUCAGGCCAUCGAUCCAGAGUGAAAAAAGGCACCAAAAGAGCAAGUUCAUCGCCACUAUCAUCUUUUUUAGACUCUGUAAAUACUGUCUCUGUUAUUCAAUCUGUUAAUAUACCUGAACCUAUUCCUCAAUUGGUGUAUCAAGAAAAUUCUGUUGAAAAAUCAUUGACCAUGGGUGCUAAUGUAGCAACACUUCAACCAUCAUUACCAAUGCCUACGGCAGCCGAGCUGGUUUCAUCAUCAAACAUUAUUGCUAGCAAUACCAUAAAUUCCAAUUCAAGUGAACCUUCCGCUAUUAAUAGUCAAAAUUCACCUAAUCAAUCAAUCGGCCAUGAUAUUUCUUGUAUCGACUUGACUGGUGGUGAUGAUGAAAUUGAAAUUAUAACAGAGAAGAUUAGUGUUAAACCUUUCAAAAGAAGGAAACGGGACAACAAACCUACAUCUAGGCCAUCUCAAGUCAAUUCAUGUCUACCUAUACAAUCUUUACCGUCUUUACCAUUUAUUCCCUUCGCUUCUACUCAACCAAUUUAUCCACCUAGAUCAGACUCACCAAUUGUCGAUCUCGCCAAUUCACCAUCUCCAUCUACGUCAAGCAAUUCUAAGAGCAAUGUAAUCGAUGUUCUGGUUGAAAGUGUACCAAACCAAAAGAAUAUACCUGAUACCACAGGACAAGAAACAGUGCGUUUUAAAGUAGUCAAAUGUCCUAUCUGUCUUGAAGAUGAUAAUAAGAUAUUAGCCGGUGGAGGCGAAAUUGUUGUUACAAUCUGUGGUCAUGUUUAUUGUAAAUCAUGCAUUCAUCAAGCUAUCAAAACAGCUCAUUGUUGCCCCCAGUGUAGAAGAAAACUUAAUCAAAGAAAUUAUCACCGAAUUUUUUUGUAA